UCCAUAAAUCAGAGCGUCAGCCAAGCACGGGGUGGGAGAAAAAGAAGACGACGACAAAGCGGCCCGGCUCUUCAUUGGAGGGGUUCGAAAAACAGAAAAGAAAAAAAGAGAGAAAGCUGUCUUGUUAGCAGCAAAAAAACCUAGGCUAGGACGUGAAACGUCGUCGUCGCCACGAUGGUAAUCAUCAAGUCCUUCCACGAGCCUCUCACGAUCCCGGAGAUCGACCUCUGGGAUCUACUCUUCGAGAGAAAGGACCGGCCGUUCUCCGAAGACAAAGAGAUAUACAUCGACCCGGAGACGAAGCGCUCGUACACGUUCGCGCAGGCGCGGGACGCGGGCGCCGCCUUCGGCCGGGCGCUGCGGGCGCGGUGGGGGUUCGGGCGCGGCGACGUGCUCGGGUUCUUCUCGCCGAACAGCAUCGACUUCGCGCCGGCGUGCUUCGGCGCGCUGUGGGCCGGCGGCGCGUGCUCGACGGCGAACCCGACGUACACGGCCGAGGAGCUCGCCUUCCAGAUGCGCGACUCGCGCGCCGUCGGGCUCGUCACCCAGGCGCCGCUGCUGCCCGUCGCGCUCGCCGCCGCCCGCGCCGCCGGCAUCCCCGAGCACCGCGUCGUCCUCAUCGGCGACGCCCGCGACCCCGCCGCCCGCUUCCCCUACUUCGCCGACCUCCGCGACGACGACGGCGACGCCUCCUCCUCCGCCGCCGCCGCCCCCCCGCGUCCCCGCGUCGACCCCAGGAAGGACGUCUCCCUCAUCGUCUACAGCUCCGGCACCACCGGCCUCCCCAAGGGCGUCGUCCUCACCCACUACAACAUCGUCGCCAACCUCCUCCAGCUCGCCCACGUCGAACUGCUCAACGGCCUCUACCACUCCGGCGGCCCCGACGGCCAGGGCGACAGGCAGAUCGCCAUCCUCCCCUUCUUCCACGUAUACGGCCUCACGUGCAUCGCGCUGCAGAGCAUAUACAUGGGGAUAUCGGUGGUGGUGCUGCCGCGGUUCGACAUCGACGCGUUCUGCGCGGCGAUCCAGGCGUACGGGGUGUCGUACGCGUCGGUGCCGCCGCCGGUGGUGCUGGCGCUGGCGAAGCACCCGGCGGUGGCGCGGUACGACCUGUCGGGCCUGAAGUGGAUCAACUCGGGGGCGGCGCCGCUGGGGCGUGACCUGGUCGACCUCGUCUGGAAGCGGCUGCUCGUGCCGGUGAUGCAAGGGUACGGGCUCUCCGAGACGGCGCCGGUGCUGACCAAGGGCACCGUCGCCGAGUGGGCCCGCUACAACGGCUCCUGCGGCCGCCUCGUCCCCAACGUCGAGGCCAAGGUCGUCGACCCCCAGUCCGGCCGCGAGCUCGCCCCCGGCGCCGGCGAGGGCGAGCUCUGGUUCCGCGGCCCCAACGUCUUCCCCGGCUACCUCAACCGCCCCGACCUCCAGCCCGACACCUUCUCCGACGACGGCUUCUUCAAGACCGGCGACAUCGGCUACGUCGACGCCAAGGGCAACUUCUACAUCACCGACCGCCUCAAGGAGCUCAUCAAGUACAAGGGCUUCCAGGUGGCCCCCGCCGAGCUCGAGGGCCUGCUGCUGGGGCACCCGGACGUGGCGGACGCGUGCGUGGUGGGGGUGCAGGACGACGAGCGCGCGAGCGAGGUGCCGCGGGCGUACGUGGUGCUGCGGGCCGGGGUCGCGCCGUCGGACGGCCGCGCGGCCGACAUCGCCGCCUGGCUCGCCGACCGCGUCGCCCCGCACAAGCGCCUGCGCGGCGGCGUCCGCUUCCUCGACCUGGUCCCCAAGAACGCCAGCGGCAAGCUCCUCCGCCGCGUCCUCCGCGACCAGGCCCGCCAGGAGGACGCCCGCAAGGACGGUGCCAAGCUGUGACCGGCGAGGAGGAGUGAGGCGAGCGAGCGAGCGAGAAAGGAGGCCGGGCCCGCGGGCGUGCGGAUAUCUUCGUCGGGUCGGCGAGGAGGAGGAGGAAGAGGAGGAGCAGGGGUUUUGUACGUCCUGUGCUAUGUCCUUAUCGUGGAAGGAUGCCUAGCGGGCUCCAGAUUCUAUGCGUUGUUGUGUCGCCGAAGGGCAGACGGAUG